GAAAAACAUAAACAAAUUAAUUUUUUUCUAUCAUACGUUUAUGUAUACAUUUACAAAUUGGUAAAUUCUUUCUAAUGAAGUUUCCUUAAAAAAUUAUAUGGAUUUAUAAAUAUUCAGAAAAGUUAAACAGAGAUUAAAGGAAAUUUUUUAUAAAUUUUUCACAGCAUUUUUUCAAAAAGGAUGGCAGUUCUAAUGUACACAAAACAAACACAAAUUUUGUAUAUCAGCUGUUGUCUGUUUUGUUCUGUACAUUUUUCUUGGUUUUAGUUAAUUUUUUGUACAAAUUUAGGCUUCCAAAAAUUUAAAUCUUUUAGAUAGUGUUAAAAAUAUACUUCUGCAUAUAAUUGGGUUUAAAUUUAAAUUUAAAUGUUUGUUUAACCAAAUAAAGUGUGCCACUCAACCUGUACCUCGUCCACAUGCUUACAUAAUUUUUAGUUGAAUAUAAAUAUGCUGUUUCGUUUGAAUUCUGUUGGAAUAAAAAGCCAACACCAACUACUGCAAUCAACUUGGCCAAAUGCCAUUUGGCGGCAUAUAAGCACAGAACUGACCAACGCCUUGCGCCCGUUUUACUUUGCCGUACAUCCAGACUUAUUUGGACAGCAUCCGGAACAACGUAAUGUUAACGAGAAUUCAUUGAAGCUGUUGAGUGCACACAUGGAAUCUCUCUAUGAGCGAAAAUACCAAGCUUUACAUGAAACUAAAACGUUACAGUUUUAUAUACGUGACGUUAAAGCCACAAAACGUGAUACCUUCAAAUUGAUCAAGGUAUCAUUGGAUCGCAAUGCAAAAGAUCCGAAAAUGUUGGUACAACAUUUGCUGGAACUAUGCAAUCUUCCAACGGAUUAUGUUAAAACAAUUAAAUCAAUCCCGGUGACGGCAGCUGCAAGUGCGACAGCAACUGCUGCAGGUUUUUCAUACCCUACCAGUCCGUUUAAAGGUGGAGGCGACUUCAACUAUGGAUCACAGUUCUCAGGCUUUGAAAACGCUUUCUACAAUAAAAAAGAAGAAGAGAAGAAAACAUUGGAAUCAUGGUUAAAGAAAAAUACGCCUUUAGCAAAGGUACGCUCAGCUGAGUUGGAUGACUUAAAAGAGGAGGUAAAAAAGUUGCAACAAGCCGUAACGAAGCGUUUGCAUCUGAAAGAUAUACGCUAUGACUGUGGUUGGAAUUAUGAACAUUUUCGUGGUUGUUUAAAGUCGUUAGAACGCAUGACUAAUCUGCAUGCCGAUUCAAUGGGUACAUUGAGAAAUCGUAUAUUAGUUUUUGCCCCAUUUACUGGUGUCAGCCUGGAAGGACAUGUUAUGUUGUUUACCGGCGACGUGCUGACAAGUUGGAUCGAUUUCAUAAAGAACAUUCCACAACACGAUGAGUUUUUAAAGUGUAUACCACUCUAUGAGAACACGCUUUCACAAGUUUUGCGUAAUAUUAAAAUCGGACGUAGGAAAUUUAUGCCUAAGCAACAAGCUCGCGAGUAUGCGGCGCAUUUAAAUAAAGUAACUACGACAAUCGGCGAUUAUCUGACUGUAAACAAAUAUCCAAAAUCAUGGCCUGCCACAUUGGCAGACUAUGAAAUCGUCAUCGAAUCAGAGGCUGGUCCUUUGAUGGUAAAUCCUACAGGUCAACUAAUAGCGCCGGCAACGUGUCCGGGUUUCAUGUUAAUCGAUUUUAUCACCACCAACUUGGAUGUGGCUAAAGAACGCACCGAGAAAUAUCAAACUCAAAAAACAGUGGAGCUGCAAAUGACGGCACAAUGUAUACAACAAUUACGUUUACACACUUUGACCAAAGAUGACUCUGUCACACCAGAUAAAAUGAUAGAAGCAAUGCAUAAACUUUUAAAAUACGAUGAUCGACAAUUUCGGGAACUCAAUUUGCACAUAACAAAUUAUUAUUCGGUAUUGACGGACGGUAUAGUUUGCAUACCCUGGGAUUUUACGCCGAGUUAGCAAACAAAAUAAUAUUAAUGUGGUGAAAUUUAAACGAAAUUAAUACUAACGAUAUAUGUAUUAUAUCCAAAUAUGUACAUACAUAUGUGCUUAUGUAAUUACAUGUUUUUUCUCAAUUGUUAAUGAUUUCUGGAUAGCAAAUGACGGCUGUGCUUAAAUAAAAACGAGAAUAUAGUAGAAAUUCUAUGGAACUAGUAAGCUAAAAAAA